AUGACGAUUAAGCUAUCCCCCAAACCCGUUCUUCUCGAUUAUACACUUCGGGAUUUAUACUCUCUUGAUGGCGGACAACACUCAGACAUCGUACUUGCCUAUGCAUUGCCAUCAUCGCGCAUUCAAGUCGCGUCCUCACUUCCUUUAACUGGGAAACUGCUGUCAAAGCCAGCACUGGCGCUUUCUGGUUUGCCAACGCCCAAGACGAUCAUCAUUGAAACCCAGAUCAAGCCAGUCCAGGUGCAUGAUCCAUGCGCAGUGAACGCGGAAGUUAGGCGUAUGCUUCUUCCCCUCUACAAAAAAGGCAUUCCCUUUGUUGUCAAGUUGCCACAGGCCAACUCGAGCGAGGGCACAUUAGUUCUGAAAUCAGAGCACGACCGACAAAGAGCGGGAGAAGUUUUGAAAGACGAGAUACGACGAAUGAUCCAUGAUUUGCACCCGAAAAAUCAUCAUCUUAACCCCUGUUCUCUGGUUUUCCAGGAUUUUGUCGAAGGUGAUUGCAUGGCUAUGUCACUCUUUGUUACGCAAAGCGGUCGAUGGGUUUUCAUUGGCUGUUGCAAUCAGCGGUUUUUUGAUUCCGGAUUGUGGGCUGGGGGGUGCAUCUCCUACCUAGAGCAGCCACAGCUCAAAGCCAACUUCACGGAAAUUGGCAACGAAGUAGCCGAGUAUUUACAUGAUCAGGAAUAUUUUGGUCCAGUUGGCGUGGAUAUUAUUGUGGACUCGAAUGGGAACUCUUUCAUCAUCGACAUGAACAUCCGAGUGAGUGGUACAUACCACCUCGGCUGCCUUCGAAGUCAUUUUGUCGAGCGAGGACUGUUUGAAGUACUACUGGUCUCUUCAAUCGACCUCGAAGGGAGAAAACAUGAAUUCCAGCAGUUCUUCGAGAACGAAGUGGUGGAGGGGAGCAUGUUGUUUACAUCGUGGACAACGAACAUGCCGGAAAGACCCAACAACGCUGCCAUUUGCGUGGCUGCUGCAGACAAAUUUGAGCUCGAGGACCUUGUGACCAGGGUAGAAGUUUUCCGAGUGAACUAA